GGCGGGCUAUUUCCGGCCGGCGGGUCGGGGUGCCUCUGAUGUCAGCAAGUUGAGAUGAGGAGGUAGAAGAGAGAGAAAAAAUACAGCGUCAGUGAGGCCCAGAGGGGAAGGUACAGCGUAGCUACAUCAGUCAUGGAGCAGGAGUUUGCGGAGAUCGACAAAAACGGAAGCUGGCCGGCGCUUUAUCAGGAUAUCCGACAUCAAGCCAGUGACUUCCCCUGUAAAGUAGCCAAGCUUCCAGAAAAUAGAAAUCGGAACAGAUAUAGAGAUGUCAGUCCGUUUGAUCACAGUCGAAUUAGGCUGCAGCAAGGUGAUAAUGACUAUGUCAAUGCAAGCUUGAUUAAAAUGGAAGAGGCUCAAAGAAGUUACAUUCUGACUCAGGGACCUCUUCCCAAUACAUGUGGCCAUUUCUGGGAAAUGGUUUGGGAGCAAAAGUCUAGGGGAGUGGUCAUGCUCAACAGAUUAAUAGAGAAAGGAUCAGUAAAAUGUGCACAGUACUGGCCAAGUAAGGAAGAAACAGACAUGAUAUUUCCAGACACACAGUUCAAGUUAACAUUGAUUUCUGAAGACGUAAAAUCAUACUACACAGUACGACAGUUGGAGGUUGAAAACCUUGCAACCAAAGAAACCAGGGAAAUUUUGCACUUUCAUUAUACCACAUGGCCUGAUUUUGGAGUUCCAGAAUCUCCUGCUUCAUUCCUUAACUUCCUUUUCAAAGUGAGGGAAUCUGGCUCACUGAAUCCAGAUCACGGACCUAUUGUGGUCCAUUGCAGUGCAGGGAUAGGAAGAUCUGGCACUUUCUCACUGGUCGACACAUGUCUUCUGCUGAUGGAUAAACGGAAAGAACCUUUAUCUGUGGAUGUUAAACAAGUUUUAUUAGAAAUGAGAAAAUAUCGUAUGGGUCUUAUUCAAACUGCCGAUCAAAUGCGUUUCUCCUACAUGGCUAUUAUUGAAGGGGCAAAAUUCAUCAUGGGAGACCCUUCUGUACAAGAACAAUGGAAGGAGCUUUCCAAUGAAGACCUUGCGCCACCAGAGCAUAGUCCUCCACCUCCAAGGCCUCCAAAACGUGCAACAGAAACGGCCAAUGGAAAAACACCAGAUCAGAGGAUAUGUUUUCCAGUCCCAGAUGAAAGAACAUGUGAACAAACGAUGGAAGAUAUCCCCGAUGGCAAAAUAAACCAACUUAUAAAGUCGCAAGCAGAAAGUUCAGAACCAGAACUUCGUAAGAGGCACACUGGAGAGAAUGCAUCUAUGCCCAUACAGACAAAUGAACAGGAUAAUCUACAAAAAAGUGAAAAGGAUGAGGAAGUGGUGAAGGAAGAACAUUCAUCAUUACAUUGGAAACCUUUUAUGGUUAACGUAUGUGUACUUGCUGCUCUUACAGCCGGGGCUUACUUCAGCUAUAGGGCAUACUUCCAUUGACAACUACUCUAGAGGAUAAUGUAUUAUACAGUAAAGCUUGUUUCAAAAUGCUGAAGUGUCCAUGUCUUAAGAAGCAAACAAUUUAUAAGACUGGAGCUUAUGAGGAUAAGAUUGAUGAUGCACUAGGGUUUGUUAUAAUCCCUUGGUCCCAGGAGAAAAACAUUCAAAUCUCAGGGCCUUGAAUAUUCAGGAGAAAGCAGUAGAAAUGCCAAAUAAAAUGGGUUAGGGUGUUUGCGUGUGUGUUUUUAUGUGUGUCUGUGUAGGGCCAGCUGGGUGGUGGUGUACUUUGGGUUCUUUUGAUGUUCACUUUAGAGGUGUAUUCAGAAGGCAUUCUUUAGCCCAGUAUACUUAUUUCAUAAUUGCAAUGUUAAUGGUAAUUGUCAUUGGUUCAAUUGGGGGAAAAAUGUCCAAUAUUAUAUUCUUGGAAAAUACAAUGUAGCAUUUGUGUUAAACUUCUGCAUUCUUUACAGAUACACUGCAAUUGUUAAAAAAUAUAUUUUUUAUACCAUGUUUGGAUUUGCCUGCUACGAAAUUGCGUUAAUCUCAGCAAAAUUGUGACAUUACUUUGUUACUUCUGUCAAAACAGUUCUGCUAAGAGGCUUCCACCACUGCUCAGGGUACUCUAGCAAAAUGGUCCUUAUCAACUGUGUCUAUUAACCAUUUUCUAUUAAACUUGCAAUAUUGCUUGCUCAAAGCAUUUGAAAGCAAAUUAAAUUAAUCGGCUUCUAGUCUUAUUCAGCUACCAGAAAAUAGGGAGGUGUAAUACAACAAAAUGCAAAACAUUUCCACCAGCAUUUUUUACAGCAGUGCCACACAAAACUUAGACCAUUAAGUCUGCAACACAAGCAUUUUUCACUCCAUAUUUAUUUGUAACAGGUAUAGCUACAUUUCACUUUUUUUUUAAAACCAGUGUAUUGAAAAUAUAGCAUUUUUAAUCAGAGCUUUGUAUCAAGGGCUCAUAGAAAAGUAAAAUGAUAUACCUCAUAGUAGUACUGGAAGCUGAGCUCCACCUGCCCUGUAAAAUACAGGGUGCCAGUACUUUAUCUGAGGAAAAACUGUAAGUAGUCAAUAUAUAGUUCUGUUGUCUUGAGAAAAUAUAAAAAAAUUAACCAUUUUUGGAUCAUGUAUAUCAAAAUAUGGGGAAACAUAAUAUAUUAUAAUAGAAAAUUAAGAGUGUGUAAGCUAUAGAAUUGCUUUGUUGAAUGAUUGUCAAUGGUCUGGAUGUCCAUUGUUUGUGGCAGUUGGACAUUGAACACCAUUCUGGUUGAAUGCAUGUAGAUUCCAGUACCAUCAUUAAAGUAAAUAUGAAAUCGCUUGGAAGGUGAAAGAUGUGCAUCUUAAUUACUACUGUGAACAUGUGCAGCAUAUGCUGAAUAUUAAUUGCAUGGUUUUUCUGGUUGGUAAUGAUGCCAGUGGUUAUGAGACAGACACUGAAAAGUUAAUUUUGUGUUUGAUUCCCAUGGUGGAUGUUUGUAUAAAAGCUAGAGUAUUUGUAUUUGAAUCCACCAUGACAUGCGUAUUAGUGUAAUUGAGAUGUUUGUCACAUUUCAAAUAUAUAAUGUGUAGUUCAGGCAUUCCUAAAUUGACCAAUGGGCAUGUUCACAUCUCACUUUUUGACUUGAGCAGACCAUAUUGCUACAAGCCUUGAAACCUAGUACACUAGAGGGAACCUUGGAGGUAAAUUUCUUAAUGCAGUGAUAUCAGAAAUAAAACCCUUAAAUCUGAUUUCUUCUGUUGUUUACAUUCCCAAGCUUUUGCCUGAGGCAUUGUGGUAAUAUUUCAGUUGGCUUUAUUUCAAUCUGAAUCCCUCAGUGCUGAAAUAUUACCACUCAGGGUACAAGAAGUGAGCAGUGAAUUAACCCUGUAUUGCAGAAUUUUAAACUUAAAUACCCGUGUAUAAUGUUUUGUGUAUGUACAGUAACAUUCAAAAACAGAUGAUUUGGUAUUCCUUUGAAAUGACACACUGCUAAAUGGUCGCUUUAAUGUAAACAAACUAUUAAGCUGCUCUGCUAUAUGCCUUAAUUAAAAUUCUCCUUGGCUCUUGUUAAAGACGGUCAUACCAAUAAAAUAAUUGAACAGAUAAGUAGAUUGUGGUAUUACCACCUUGCACAUUCUGGGAUUAUUAACAUUGAGGACCAUUAAUAAAGUGCAAGUUUUCUACAAAACAAAACCUGGUGAAUAUCAAUUGUUCUGAAAUGUUUUGGCUAUGUUGUAUUUACAUUUGGAAUUUAAGUAUAGUGCACAAUGUAGCUUUUAGACCCAUUUGGUAUCAGAAUAUAAUAUAGUAUAUAGAGUAUCUUGUGUUAAUUUAAUAUAUACAGUAUAUACUAUAUAGUAUACAAAUUCCCAAAUUUGUUGCUCCUUAUACUGCUGUGCUUCUAGUUCAAAAAGAGGAGGAUUCAAAGAUGGGCUUUAUAGUCAGAGUAGUUCCUGACCACUUUUCUAUUGGUACUAAAAUCUGAAAUAAUGGGAACUGAUCAGAAAAAUGGGUGUGAAAUUUAUGUUGCCUUUAGUUUGGUGAUAUGUUUUUUUAAACCCAAAAUUCAGUGGGGGCCACCACUUCUGUGAGGUAAAUAUUGUGGAUGCUAUAUUAUAAAACAUGCAUCAGCAUUCCUUUGUCAGUGUGAUAGGUACCUCAGUCUAAUUAAUGUGAUAAUCUAAUCUUAAGUUUCAUGUGAUUUUCAGAUGAAUGGAAAUAAUUUUACCACUUUUUAUUGUAUUCCACACUUUUUAUUUUAUUUUUGCCAGUUUAGUCUUUAGAAGAUUGAUUUCAAUUUGCCUUUCCUGUGAAGUGAUAUCAAUCUAAUCAAAUAGUAUUUUUGCAACAAAUAUUUUUAGUGUGGAAUGUAAUUUUUAGUUGCUUGCUGCACAUCCACAUAGUUUACAGUGGAAAAUUAGUGUGCUCAAAGUAGAGGUGACUUGUAUGCCUUAAGGCUUGGAAAGCAUAUGUGGCUAUAUUUCUGAUACGUCUGAUAAAUGUAACUAAUUCAAGUUAACAGUAACAACAAUAUUGGAUAGCUUUCAUUUAUGAGUGUUGCCUAUGGUGGUGUUUAUUCAUAAUAUAUAAUUAAAUUUUAUUUUCUAUUUUUUUAAUGGCUUUGGUAAGGAAAAUCUGUUCAGUAUUUUAUUUGUAUGGCCUUAAAGAUAAAACAGUUCUCAUGACCAAUGGUAUUAAGAACUCUUUUGGUAGGAGCAGAUGGUUGCAAAUACUUUUUUUCCUCUUGUUGUCUUCCCAGAAAUGUGAUUUUUUUUUUAAUGGUUAGCAACAAAUUCUAUAGGAUCACGCUAGUUUCCAUAAAUUUCAGGGAUGUGUCUGACUUGACUGGAAUUAUUUUUUGUUUUUAUUGAAUACUUUUGGACCAAAUAUGUACAAAAUUUUAUUUAGAAUGCCAACUCAUUUUUGAUGUGUGAAUCUGGAACACAGUUUGUUUUUAUAAAAUUUCCAUUGAAUUCUAGGUUUUAAUUUAAAAUUACAAAUUUAAUUGCUUGCACUAAGUGUUUAUCAACAGCCUAAUUUCAAACAAUUCAGUAGGACAAAAGUUUGAUCAUUGAAUGUUUCCUCCUAAGUGCACUGUUCAAACACCAUACAAUCCAAAGUGGUUUACUCCAAGGAUUAUGAAAUGCAAACUGUGCACCAUUUUUAGUUUGUAACUUAAUGCACUUGGGAGUUAAAUGUUGCACUUUUCUGUACCUGAAAUCUUUUAAAAAAAAACGUUGAGAUAUGCUGAUUUUUUUUUACUUGAGCUGGUGUUCCUACUUGUUCUUACAUGUUUUUAAUAUGUUCCUACUUGACUGUUUUCACAUUUUUUUUUUUAGCUUUCUUGUCACAAAUAGUAAACUGCUUUGUGUAUUUUACUUUUUGUAUAGUAUCUUGUAGACUAAGAAUAACUGUGUUGCUAUUUUCUAGGCAGCAUUAGCUGUUCUUGCAUGUAUUAUGAUUUUCUACGGUUUUAUAUUGUUAAACCAUUUAACUAAGAAGCAGGGUCUGGGGCUUUCCAGCACUCGGACUUUUGCAGAACUAUUUUCAAUUUUACAAGCUGGCUUACAAGUGCACGACAAAUCAGAAUUUCAAAAUAAAACCAAUUUGAAAGUAAA